GAUGACCAGAGACUGCGGACAGUACAGGGGAUGACCAGAGACUGCGGACACAGUACAGGAGAUGACCGGAGACUGCAGACAUAGUACAGGAGAUGACCGGAGACUGCGGACAUAGUACAGGAGAUGACCAGAGACUGCGGACAUAGUACAGGAGAUGACCGGAGACUGCGGACAUAGUACAGGAGAUGACCAAAGACUGCGGACAGUACAGGAGAUGACCAGAGACUGCGGACACAGUACAGGAGAUGACCAGAGACUGCAGACAGUACAGGAGAUGACCAGAGACUGCGGACACAGUACAGGAGAUGACCAGAGACUGCAGACA